ACGCCGCCAGUAAAGUUUGUAACGCGGAGCGGGGCGGUCGCUUUGUCGGCGGCGUCUGCUAAGUGAGCUCCGCGUCUCUUUUCCGUCAGCGGACUGCCCGAAGUAAAGCUCGGGGCGGCCAGCAACAUGACCAUCAUCGUGUUCCUAGUGGACACGAGCGCUUCGAUGAACCAGCGCACUUACCUGGGCGCCAGGCUGUCCGUGCUGGACGUCGCGAAGGACGCGGUCGAGCGCUUCAUCAAGAUCCGCCAGAGGGACUCGGCCAGUCGUGGCGAUCGCUACAUGCUGCUCACUUUCGAGGAACCACCGGCCAACAUCAAGGCUGGCUGGAAGGAGAACCACGCGACGUUUAUGGCCGAGCUGAAGAACCUUCAAGCUUCUGGACUGACGACGUUGGGUCCCGCGCUGAAGAACGCCUUCGAUUUGCUCAACAUUAACCGCAUGCAGACGGGCAUUGACACGUACGGCCAGGGCCGAUGCCCCUUCUACCUUGAACCGUCCGUGUUGGUGGUCAUCACGGACGGCAACCGACUCACGUCUUCCGCUGGUGUCCACGAAGAACUGACACUACCAAUGCACUCAGCUGUCCCUGGGUCUGAGCUGACGAAAGAGCCGUUUCGAUGGGACCAGCGCAUGUUUGCACUUGUACUCAGAAUGGCUGGGACACAAGCACCCUCACAGGAUGUGCCGCUGACAUCUGAUGCAUCACCAAUUGAUGACAUGUGUGAAGUAACAGGAGGCCGCUCCUUCUGCGUGAGCUCACAUCGUCUGUUAGUGCAGAGUUUAGAAGCCCUAGUGGCCAAGGUGCAAGGGGGUGUUGUCAUCAACUUUGAACGUGCUGCCGAGGACGCCUGGGAGCCCAGUUGGCAGAGUUGUCGCCGACUCAUCUAUGUGCAACGCUCCGCCCAGAAGGGCUACUCAGUAGGCCACUGGCCUCUGCCAGAGGCCUUUUGGCCAGACUUGAACUCACCUUCACUCCCUCCACGCAGUGCUCAUCCUCAGGUGCGUGUGAGUGCUUCACCAAGUGAACCCCUCUUGCUGGACAACUUGCCAUUUGACAAAUAUGAGCUGGAACCGUCGCCGCUGACCCAGGCCAUCCUGGGGCGCAAGCAGCCUACGGUAGCCUUUGCCGUCUCAGUGGCUGGAGCAGCGCCUCAGAGGGGUGGAAGUGCCUUUGGCUACCUGAAGGCCAGCUCGAGCCUGGCAUGCGUGAACCUGUUUGUGCUUCCCUACAAUUACCCCGUGCUGCUGCCAUUGCUGGACGAGCUUUUUCGUGUUCAUCGGUGUAAGCCACCGCGCGAGUGGAAGCUGCAGUUUGAUACUUAUCUCAAGGGCAUGCCACUGUACUAUGCGGGACCUCUGAAGCGUGCUCUGCAGCGCAUGGGUGCCCCCAACCUGGUGCCGGACUCCAUGGAGAACUGCCUCAGCUACACCGUGCUCAACUACCUCAAGCGCCUCAAAAACCAGGCUAAGGCCGAGUACGAGAAGGUGGUAAGUGCAGUUGGGGGGCCCAAGACAGGCCUGGGCACCGAAGGCGUGCGGGUGAGUCCUGGAGUUCCACGGCCAUCAACGGGUGAGGUGACAAAGCUCUCUGAGCUGGCACUCAGCUGGAAUCCUGCCCUGCGUGAGCGCCUGCAAGGCUUGCGCCAGGAGCUGAAUGACUUCCCAGGCUUCGCACUGGCGCCAGCACCACCACGGCCCCCUGACACGGCUGAAGCGCCCCCAAGGAACCCUUUUGAUAUCGGUCGUGCCUCUCUUCUCCAUCAGGUGGCACGGAUGCGGGCACGCUACCUACACCCGGGCACUAUCACACGGUUGCAGGAUGCUGAACAAUUGCACAACCUUCCCGUGAGCCAAAUGGGUAACUACCAGGAAUACCUUAAGCGGAUGCCCACACCAUUGCGGGAAAUUGAAUCUACACCUGUACGACAGCACAUGUUUGGAAACCCGUUCAAGAUUGAAAAGCGCAUGAUGGUGGAUGAAGCAGACUUGGACCCAGCAGCCAGCCAGGCACGGGGGCACAAGCGACCUGCAGCUGAGGCUCCUGGGGGACCCAGGGCCAAGCGGCGGCCAGGACCUCUGCCCCGAAACUUCACCCGCAGCCGGAGCCCCAUGCCAACCCCCCCUUCUACUCCCGAGCCUCCCACUGCCAAGCGGAGUCCACCCAGGGCAGAAGAGGAGGCAAGCAAUGGCUGGGCACCUAACGAACCAGUCGCCUGGGAAGAGAGAAAUGGCCAGGUGGCUCCACCAUGGCGUGACAAUGGUCUUAUCAGGGGGUGCCUCCUCAAGGAAGUCAGGAAACCGGGCAGAAACUUUGAGCGUCUGUUUGAGCUACUGGGCCUAGUGCAGGGGGGCCUGGAAACACAAGUGUGCAUGGUGCGCCAUGUCAUCCACGAAGCGGGACGCUUCAAACGCCGCCUACUCAUGCAGAUGCUGCAGGACUUUGAGCAGCGGCUGGUCGAUGCCGCUGCCUUUCCAUCGGCUUAGUAGAGUGUGUGGCACACAGUAGUCUGUUUCAUGCACUUUUAUUUUCAUCACAAGAGGAUGCACAGCCAGGCCAGGAUGAGCACAGUGCCACCGAAGGGGGCACCGUACUUGACAGAAGGGUUGCCUGUCAGGGCAUAUGCAUAACACGAGCCGCAAAAGAGGCCCAUGCCCAACAAGAGGAGGCUGCCCACCUGCAAACGAAAAGCAAGUUGGUGUGUUUGCGGACUAGCAGUGGGGUUAAGGCAAUUUGGGAAACUUAUGCUUUUGUUUUACUCUUUCAAGAACCAGUUUCUUUAUGCGUACCGGUGUUCACUUUUGCAAGCACUUUAAAACUUCUAUCCUGAAUUGGCCCCAUUUCAGGACAGGACUGAAAGGACUUGUUGGCUCAGUUAGUACUCGAAAGACAGAGCUAUGAACUUGCCACUGUCAUCGUUAAUGUUUUUCUCUGUGUCUCUACAGUGGCAGUUGAAGCUCGUUGUAUUUUAUUCCGCAACUUUAUUUGCCCAUUUCUUCCACAAGCUCUAAUCUUUUUCAUGAUAGUGACAACACAAUGCAUGGUGGUUGGGCACAGCAUACCGACCACACAAUAGACCGGGAUUUCAUAUUUGCGACAUUUAUUCUUGUCCAUUCAUGCUUAUCUUGGUUUCUCUGUCUGUCAUGUGUUUAGUGCCAGUAAAACGAAUUUUUUUCCAUGGCUCAUAGUAAAUGAACCCACUUCAGGGCCUACAUUUGUCAGCAAUAAUUACAGUGUGCUUCACUCAGUGCUAGACAUCAGUAUGGUUCUGAUGUCACUGAUAUUAUCAGCAACAGCUUUAGAGCUACACUGAGGGUCAUUUCUCAGCACACUUGUAGCACUUUAUGUUAAAGACAGCAAAUGAUGCUUUCAAAUAGAAGAAGAGGAUGACGCCUCCAUUUAGUUAAGUUUAACUGUGGUGUCCCACUGGCCUUAAGAACAAUUUCCUUUAACGAAAGUGAAGACUACAAUUAUAAUACUUUUGAUCAUCAUAUUUGGAUCUGAAAUUUAGCACAAGUUGGCACUGAGUGGUGGAUCUUUUAUUGUUGCCGUGAGCUGCAAUGACAGUUUUUAGAAAAUAGUAAUGAAAUGUGGAAGUCUUAAUAUAAGAAAAAGGGUGUUUAAAAAAAAAAAAGUCUGUAGCAGCGUAACUUUUCUCUGGCAAGUUACAUGUCUUGAGACCUAAGCACUUUCGUUGAACAAGUGUUUUGUGUCUCGUAAGACUCAUUGCAUUCACUCUUCCUUUCUUUAACAGCCUGUCUGGUGUGCAUGUUUUUUGGUACUGUUUAACGAGAAUGUCCAGGUGAAGAAGCAAUCUCAAUCUGCCCAUCUUCAAGUGCCGUGUUAUGUAAAUAUUGUAUGUCUCCCAGCUCUUUUGCCAUGUGCUCUUAUUUGUACAGCCACAUUAUCACUAGUAUCCCAUUUUUAUGGGAAAGGAAAGAAGUUGCACCUUCCCACUUGCUGGUUGAAGGAACUUUGGCCAGGCAUACAUUGAUGUUUUCUUUGCCACGUGUACAGCGCACAUGCACUGCCUUUCAUGGGGGCACUCUCAUUGCCAUCUGUAUAGUACUUAUUGGGUUGAUGACUGGUUACUUUGUGUACAUAGCAGCUUCAUUGGGUUUGGGUUUAUGUCCAUCUCAUACAUUUUUGUUUCCCCACUCAAGGUACCUGUACAUAGGAGACUACUAACAAUCACUGAGUCUUCAGCAUUGAAGACUAGAAUGAAGUGUGUCGUGUACAAAGCAUGAACUGCAGUGUGUGCCUAUGUGUCAUUUCAUCAAAGCAUUAAGUGUGAAUAUGGACUUGUUUACACCAUGUUCUGCGCGCCCUGCCUUGUCUGAAGUUCCUCACCAUUCCUUUCAACCUUAGCUUUGUUCUUCCAGCUGCAUGGAACAGUAAAAACUGCAAUACCAGGGUAACACCACAUUUUCUAUUCAGUGCCAUGGGUCUUUCAGAUUACUGUUUUUGAAGCAACCCAAGCCAUAUCUUCAGCGUCUUCUUUCUCAAAAGGUACAAUUAGAGGGAGCAACCAUACAAUGAAAAAAGUUGAUGUAAAUUCUCUUUCCUUUAGAGAUUGGAUAUAAGUGUGUGUUGAGAUUUGGCUACACUGAAGACAUGCAAAUUUGUCUUUGUUAAGGUAAGCUCUCCAAGACUGUGAUUGAGACAAAUCUAAGUGCACCUAUGUUCACAUCUUAUCCUCUCAACUCUCUGCCUUUCAUCUCCAUCAGAUUACCUUGAAUUAUCUUUCAGGCUUAUGUGUCUUUUCUUCGUAGAUGUUGCAAGCAGCAGCAUCCCUACAGGGCACAUUACUGUUUACACAGACAUUUUGGUUGGAAAACAAUAAAUGUUUUGCUACAAAAUGCUGUUAGGAGUACAUGCCAUCACUGGAGACAUUUCUGAAUAAAAGCACUGUCUUCCACCUAACAUCCAUAAAUCAGCAUUGUACAUAUUAAGUGUACGUGUUGAAAGAGUGGACUGUGCUACUUACAGCACACAGUUGUCACGACUGCCAGGACAGCGAAGCAGCUGCAUGGUGGUCAUGCCAUUUCAUAGAAAAAUGCCUGAAUAUCUAAUGUAUGUGCUACAAAUUUGUGUUUAAAAAUGUAAAACUUCACCAUCCACAGGUGCGGCAUUCAGCUUCUGCAUUACUUUCUACAACAUAAGACAACAGCCAGGAUAUACUGAUUGUAAUCAUGUUAAAGAAACUGUUUAUCGACUCUUUUCACCACACUCC